CCACGUGUUCCUUCUUGUCCCGAGCUCUUUCAGUUUGAGGAAGACCGAGGCAGAGAAAACUCCCUCUGGUUGGUUAGUUAGCUGGUUAGCCAGUCAGUUAGCUGGUCGGUUAGCUGGUUGGUUAGCGGCUUCGCUAUCAGGAGGACUCAGCAUCUCAGUGAGCAGCGAUGAGCAGCUGAACCAACUCAAACACAGAAACAAACACCAUGUCUGCCCUCCACUCGUCGUCGCCUCCUGCUGAGGAUCCGGUGACGCCACCGCCGAUGACCACGCCUCCUCGGAAAGCCUCGGUGGUCCGUCUCCAGGAGAGGCGGGGCUCCAACCUGUCGCUGCUAUUGGAUGUGAGCAGCUUGGGGGUGGAGCCUGUCUGUUCUGUCACCACCCCUAAAGAGGUGUGGCUUCAGCUGCUACACACGUCGACACGACCGCUAACCCACGACCUGCUGCAGGAGGCGUCUGCCGACACCAGCACCCUGAACGUAGAGUACCAGAAAAUUCCUCCAAACUUCGUGAGCGCUGCUGAGCUGGAUGUUCCCGGACACACCAUGAAGGAUCGAUAUAAAACCAUCCUGCCCAACCCAGAGAGCCGGGUGGUCCUGAGGAGCCUGGAGGAAGAGGCGGGGCCUGACCGCUACAUCAACGCCAAUUACAUCAGGGGCUACAAAGGUUCUCCCAGGUCCUACAUCGCCACCCAGGGGCCGAUGGUCCACACUGUGGGUGACUUCUGGGACAUGGUGUGGCAGGAGAGGAGCAGCAUCAUCGUCAUGGUGACCAGACUCAAGGAGAACAACGAGAAAUGUGAGGUCUACUGGCCUCAGCCGACGGACGGGACGAAGAGGGUGAUGGAGGAGGACGAGGACCAGGAGGAGGAGCUGAGCCGAAGGGAGGAAGACAAAGAAGAGACGAGUCGAUUUGGCCGAUUCCUCCUCAGAGUGAAAGACAUCCAAGAGAAGGACGGAUUCACCGUCACCGAUAUGGAGAUCCAGUUGGGUUCGGAGCGUCACUCCGUCAGACACUACUGGUUCACCUCGUGGCCCGACCACCACAUCCCACAAUGCACUGCUCCUCUGCUGAGGCUGGUGGACGAGGUGGAGACGUACAGGAAGUCCCUGGUACCGCCCACCGGCCCUCAGCCAAUCACAGACCUCGGCCCUGGUCCUGGUCCAAUCAUUGUCCACUGCAGUGCAGGUAUCGGCAGAACCGGCUGCUUCAUCGCCGGCAGCAUCGGCUGCCAGCAGCUCAGAGACAGCGGCCAGGUGGACGUCCUGGAGACGGUCUGUCAGCUGAGGCUGGACAGGGGCGGGAUGAUCCAGACCACCGAGCAGUACCAGUUCCUCUACUCCACUCUGGCCCAGUACAGCCGCCAACUGCAGCACCAGCAGGACCAGAACCAGAACCAGCCCACCACACCCCCACAGAACCAGCAGAACCCAGAGGACCAGGUCAGUGUUCAUCUGCAGAACCUCCAGCUGGACAGCAGACAGAGCAGGAGGAACUGAUGAGAACCAGAACCUGAACCACCAGCAGCAUCUUCAGAGACAUCAUCAGAACCUGAACACCAGCAGCACAACCCACAGAACCGACGGAGGAACCGCAGGGGGAACCGGCAGCAUCAAGAGCCCCAGAACUGUGGAGAACCUGAGGAUGUUCCACCGCAGAGAGAGAGAGAAUGUGACGAGAACGUUCCUCCCAGUGUUCUGAUCGGAUCAGUUCAAUAAAACAGGAAAGUUCUGCCUCCA